AUGUCGCAUUCGAUGAACAACCCCAACACAUAUUCCAAGGAAAACACAGAACAUGUUUACAACGCCAACGGUCUGUCAAAUUCCAAUAUUCUGGCCCCUUCCCCUGGCCAGGAUGCAUUUUCACCGCUGGCCUACAACAUGCUGAGCGGAGAUCAAGCCCAGUCCCGGCAGAAUGCGCCAAUUGAGCACCAGAUCGCCGGCCUGACUGUCGACGACAGCCGUUUGAAAACGCAGGAUUUUCUGCACCAGUUUGUCGGCCAGCAACAGUCUCCCACUGCAGCCCUCAAUACGUUGAAUGCGCAGUUCCAGCUCCCCAAGGUCGAUCCUUCAAAUAUCAAAUGGUACUACCUGGACGCGUCUAAUAAUGAGCAGGGCCCCUUUGAUUCGGCCCUGAUGCAGCAAUGGUAUUCCCUCCGAUACUUCGACUACGGCCUAAGAAUCCGCCGCGAAGAACAGCAGACGUAUAUGACUCUUGCCGAGUUUAUUCAGUCCAUAGGAGAGUAUUUUGUGCCGUUUUCUGUUCCACUCGCUCCAGUGGUCAACCAGCCUGCUAUGGCUCCAGUCUUCCCUUCGUUCCAAGAGAGAAAUCACUGGUCGGGCCCUAACGAACUGACCCAGUCCGCGUCGGCCACCCAAUCGCUGCCUGAGCCAGCCAAGCCAGAGGAAGUAGCUGUGCCGAAGGUGGACGCCAGCGACAUUGAGAGGAUCGUGCGCAAGGCAUCCAGUUUGUCUAUUUUGACAAAGCAGGAGGCCCAGGAAACGGAGGCCAUUGCGGCUCCUGUUCUGGCUCCUGCAGCUGCCCCAGCAGAGCAGGCAGAGCCAGCUCCCAAGUCUGAGGGACUGCCUGCGCCAGAGAAAUCCCCAGAAAAAGCCCCAGAGCCAGCGAAGUCCAAGCCCCAGUCCCCAACCACGUGGGCCCCAUGGGCUUCCAAAAGCCCUGCGAAGCCAACCAAGACGCUGGCCGAGAUCCAGUCGGAAGAGGCCGAGAGACGCAAAAGGGAGGAAAAGGAGGCAGAGGCCGCCAAGUCUUUGGCCGCCACGCUGGCUCCCAAGCAGGAGACACCUAAGCCGGCCGUGGCCCUUCCGUCGGCUGCGACAUGGGCCAGUGCUGGAACUGUUUCGCAGGCAGUUCCUACGGUGACGCUGGAAGAGAUCCAGAGAGAAGAAGCGGCCAAGCUGCAGGCUGCCAACUCUGCUGCCAAGCAGAAACCUGCGGCAGCGUCGUUUGCAGAGGUGACUGCCAGCAGCGGCUGGACCACGGUGAGCAGCAAGAAGACGACGAAGCCGGCUGUUGCCGCGCCAACGAAGACCAAUAAGCCGUCUGCGGUUAUUUCGCCGAACGUUCUUCGGUCGGUCUCUGCGCCAGCCGCCCCGGCAGCCAAAAAGCCCGUUGUUGGCAGCACGGUUGCAUCUUCAAAGCCGCAGCCGGUGACAAAUAGCAGCUCCCCAGCCAGAGAGUUUCUGGCGUGGUGCAGGACGCAGCUGGGCAACCUGCACAAGGGCAUCGACAAGGAGGACAUCCUGUCGAUCAUCAUCCAGUUCCCGACGGGAAGCGAGUCGCAGGAAAUUAUUGCUGACACCAUCUACUCCAACUCUGCCACCAUGGACGGCAGGAGGUUUGCGAGCGAGUUUAUGAAACGCAAGGCGGAAGUCGAGAAGCUCGUCAAGGCACAGGGAAUACACUUCAGCUGGGGCGAGGCUCUGAACGCCAGUGUCCGCGGCCAGGAGGACGACUUCGACAUGGCAUUUACCAAGGUGGUGAGCAAGAAAAACAGAAGAAAAAACUAG